AUGCAUGAGUAGACAGCGGCCGGAUUACCGGCAGCCUGUGCAGGCGUGACCCUAAACUAAAGCCUGUGCUGGCCUUCCCAUAGCGGAUAUAAGGUGAUUGUCCUUUGCUUUUCGACUACGGUCAGUGGAACUCAGGCUUGGAAGGAGCAGGAAGGCCAAGUUCCGAGUAGGAAGGAAACAAGGGGAACUGGCCGACCAUCCGCAAGGCCAAUGGCUCAACAGAUUCUGCAAUUGGCGGUGGCGCUCCUGGCCUUCACGGCCGGAUGCCAGGCCACCCUGACUCGCCGCUCCAUCUACCUGGCGCGCGCACGGGGAGCUUUGUGUCUCGACGGCUCUCCGGCUUCCUACUACAUGUACAGGAACGUGCUGAGCUCGACAUGGGUGAUCCACCUGGAGACAUCGCAGACACUGUGCAUUGGUCCCGGCAUGGACGAAUGUGAGUACGUAGCGAACAGCUCGGCUGGAUCAUCCAGGACCUGGUCGUGCGUGUUGCCAGAAAUUGGCGCGUCGCGACUUGAUGAUGUCGGCAUUCUGGUGUCGUCGGACACCUAUCGCAAUCCACGUUUUGCAUCGGCAAAUCGUGUCUUCAUCCGCCACUGCUCGGGUGAUAUGUUCAUUGGCGAUCGCGGAAUUUACAACGGUUUGUACUUCGGAGGCCACAACAUUGUCCAGGCAGUAAUCGAAGAUCUUGUCAAUUCUCAUGAACUAGGCAAUGCGAAUGAAGUGCUGUUCGGCGGCGCAAGCUUGGGAGCAAUCACACAUGCAAGGCUCAUCAGACAGCUAUUGCCGAAUGUCCGCAAUUUGGCUGUAUACACGGACGGGCUUGGACUCAGGCCUUUUCCGUUAUUCAACGACUUCCUGCCGAUCGUCCAGGAUUUAGCAGCCAACGGCAAUGCAUCCAACAUUACAAUGGGCGACCUAGAGGACUUCCCAGGUUUCGUAGGCCUGGUGAAUUCGCUGCAAAUCUUCAACCCGUUCGUGCCGGACGCCUGCCGCGAAAACGGCAGCGAGUAUAACGGUCUGCAGUGCUUGGACGUGACCCAAGGCGCGAGUUUCGUGCCAGAUGAUGUCGCACUGUUCAUGUUCGCCUCGACGUGGGACACAUUUUUCCUGGUAGCGGCGUUUGGCCUGGACAACUAUACGUGUGCCGUUGAGACUGGUCAGCUGACGGACGAGCAGGAACUCUACGUCAGAGCACUGGGCACUGCUAACCAGAACAGCUUUCGCUAUGGAGUAUCCAGACCGUUCGGAACGAUCACCAGCCGCUACAUGGCCAAUUGCUAUGGUAACACGUUCCUGGAAGACGACCUGUUCUGCGUUGUGGCGAAUGGGAGGACGCCAUAUUCUGCAAUGGUGGCAUUUGUUGAAGCCGCAUUAUCUAGACAAUAUGUUUCCGACGCGAUUGAUGACCUGCCUCAGGACUUGUCCUGUUCACAGUAUUGUGGUUCUCCGCAGUGCUCUUGGGGCAAUGACACUGACCUGUCCAACGGAACAUUUUCCAACGACACAAUGGCCAAUGAAACAUCAACCGGGUUCAACGACACAAUGUCCAAUGAAACAUCAAGCGGACUAGGUCAGGCUUACUGUACGGGAGCGCUGGACGGGUAUUCCCGAGAGGAGUUUAGAGUCGGACGGAGCUGUCCCUACCGGACGCCGUUUCCUGAAGCCAGGUCUAGUUUCACGCCGACUGUCCUGUCCCGCUACAAUGUCAGGAGCGCAGUCGAGAGAAGCGCUCUGUGCAUGGACGGGUCUCCGGCCAGCUACUACUUUCAGGGCAACGCCUCUUCCAGGAACUGGGUUAUUCACCUGCAGGGCAGCACGCUUUGUUCGGGCGCCGCAGACUGCCCGGCCCUGAUCGCACAGGGCUUGGGCUCGUCAAACGGCUGGGCAUGCGCCCUGCCUGGCUUGAAUGAUGAUGGUGCCUAUGCCACCGUGGGUCUGCCGGUGAGAAACGAUAGCGAACUGAACCCGGCAUUCAUCUACUGGAACAAAGUGUACGUUCGCUAUUGUAGCGGAGACCAGUAUCUUGGUCAGCAGCCAGCAGCCACAAACCCUACGGGAAGUGGGUACAAUCACUUGGGACACUAUAUUUUGGGCGCGAUUCUCUUAGAUUUGAUUCAAUUCCAUGGACUGGUCAACGCGAAUACCGUCUUUUUCGGUGGAUCAGCGUCCGGUGGUGUUGGCGUGACGGCCCACAUCGACGGGCUGCGGAGCAUACUCGCGGCGGUCAGGCCCUUCGGCCCACCUGCACUAUAUGGCUACGUCGACGGUGGUUGGCUGAGACCAGCUCCGGGUGUGGACGAGAGUCUCGACGUGUUCAUGGACCCGGAAAACAGCACGUUCCUAGGCGGCUUCUGGGGCUAUGUUAUAGGGACAGUUCACAAUGCUUACCUGGAUGACAGCUGCUUUGACGCGCUUCGUAAUUCAUCCGGCAGCGGCAUAGAGUGCGUUAGCGCUUCGGUGGUCUGGCCGUACCUGGAGGUGCCGAUGCUGAUGAUUUCAUCUCGCUGGGACGUACUGGAUAUGCUAUACAGACUGGGUGUCCAGGAGCUUGCAUGCAUCACGGACACGCAACAGGUCAAUCGUCGCCAGCGCGACUUCCUCGUCAGGUUUGGACAGCAGGCGGCAAUGACCGUCGCGGACACUUUCACACAACGGCCUUACGACGGUGUGUUCUUCCCGACCUGUUUCGGCUCGAGUCACUUUGACCACCCGUACGAACUCGGUGUCACGCCACCGUGCGAUGACAUUGACGGGACCAGCGCGGCCGGAGCGCUCUACGAAUGGGCCCAGGCUGUGCAGUUCCUGGACCGCCAACCUCCCAGGCUCAUCGGCGCGAGUCUCACCGGAUCUCUCCAGUGUGCUGACAACUGCAAUGCACGACUGUGCCAGGUCGGGCCCAGACCCGACUCCACCGAGUUUGCGUGCAAUGGCUACGACGCCAGCCGGUUUGACUUCGGGCUCCUCUUCAACGGGGAGAGUUGCCCGCGGCGGGGACCGUGCCCGGCAGCAGAUAUGGCAACUACCGAUGAUGAGCGUUACAGAGCCAACCUAGCCUGCUGGUCGGAGAACUUCAACGGCUACCAAAGAGUGUUUGAGCGCUAUGCAGCCGAUGAGUGCAAUGGUAACUAGAAUUGCAAGGAUCGGAUUUCCUGGCAGUCCGCAGUGCCACCUGUGUUUUUUCUUGUGCUGCUAAUGCUUCUAGAAUUCUUGCUCCUUGGGCAAAAUGUUCAAUAAUUUCCUAGCCAGCCUCUCAGUAUUCUACUGCUAGUUAAUGGAUCUCUGUCCAUUAUCCAUGUAGUGAGGUUUCCAAAGUCCAGUGAAAGAUUUGCGUUCUUGUGGAGCAUGUUUUAGUUUCCUUCUUUCAGUCCUUUACUUGUAGGUAUUUCAUCAUUUCUUCUUUUCAUUUCAGAAUGCAUUUUAGCUCUCGUGCCGUAGUUAUAUUCGCCUUCGCUUCAUUGUACUGGCUAUAGUCAUUACUUGCCACGAUGGUGAAGAAAGCAAUUUAAUAUUGUUAGUACCAACCUCACAACUUUCUGUUUAGAAACACAGGGAUAAUGUGUUUUUCUUUUAGUCAAAUCAUUGUCCUCAGUCUCUUCACAUAUGGUGCGGAACCUAACAAUCAAGUUAUCUUGUGCUGUGUCUGCGCCUGACUAAGUUAGUCACUUUUAAAAUCCUUUUCUAUGCGGUUGCCAGCACUUUCCUACUUUUCAA